ACUGUACCAACUAUGUCAACGCUGAUUUAACCUUCUCUUUCACGAGAGCUUAACUAACUGGGACCACAACCAUCUGCAGAUCGUAGUAACGCCUAUAUCUUCAUAGACAUUAAAACUUUCUUGUUUUUUAUUUUUUAUUUCUUUUGUGUUUUAUCUUAUGGUUAAAUUCAUUUAUACAUCGUUUCUGGUUUGAAGCGUAAAUUCUUUUUACUAUAACGUUGACUUUUAUGUAAUUCCGAGAUGUCUUUUCAUAACAAUGAUCAAGAAUUUCUGGGUUCAAAUAAUCCAGGCAUACCAAGGCAAAGAACAGACUCCAUGAAUUCAUCGUCUCUAAGAUAUCCGUCAGUCAGCAAUUCGCAAAGGGCACCUUCUGUAAUGUCUGGUAGGAAGUAUUCAGGAGACAAGUUCACGCCCAUAGCUAAUUCAAUUGAGUCUUCUGUAACCAAACUACUGGUGAUAACAAAACAGUUGUUAGAAAGCUUAACGAAAUGGAGCAAACGACUUGCAGAACCCGACGAUAUCUCAACUAUCUAUAUUCGCCUUGUAACUGAAUUUAAUACUACCAUAAGGAUUUUUAGAGAAGUGGGUAUAGAAAGCUUAGACCUGGAAGACUUCCCACUUGAAUUGCGUUCUAUACUUGAAGAGACACUAGCUGAAAUUCCUUCUAUGGAAUCCCUUCAGCGUCAUCUCCCUCACGUUCGAGAGAUUAUGAUGCAUCUUCUUAAAAGCUUAAAAUAUAAGCAAUCUCUUUAUAAAUCACGAUAUUUAAAGCCUCGUAAAGAGUCACUAGCCAGCCGAGGAUCAGAAGAUAACACUUCGAGAAAAGGGAGUAGUGAAUAUGCUUUCUCUAAUCGAAGCACAAACUUUGAAAAUUUGUUGGGCAGCACUGCUACUCCUGAUACGCCAAAUGCUUUAAAUGCUCUGAAGCAAUCUUCCACCCUCGAAAGACGAGCUAGUAAGCGCUUAUCUAAAAUGAAUAAAAUUGCUCAACAGGGACUUGAUGAUGAUACCUCCAAAAGUGGAAUUACUGUUGAAUCUGUGCGCGAUUUACUCACAGACUCACAAGCCGCAGAUAAUAAGCCUUUGAGUACUUCAGUUAAAAACCCAUCGGAGAGUCCUCGAUUAGACAAGUUCAGUUCUUUAACAGAGGAGAAACCUGCUAUGGAUGAUUUUAUUAAUGAACCAAGCCCUAAAAGUGGCUUUCCAAAGCUUAGUUAUUCCAAACCUGAAGGUCCUUCUUUUUUUCCGCGCUAUGCAUAUGAAUUGAAUAAUCCAAAUACUGCCCACUUCUCAGACAAAGAUCAAAAUUAUAUGCCAACGUCUUUUAAAACGAGAUCUUUUUCUUCGGGUAAGACUACUUCUCCCGAAUAUGUGCCCUCAAGUACACCAGUAUUACUUCCCAGAGGUCGUUCAUUCACGACUCCAAUUCCAGACGAAGCGCCCUUGGUUUUGGAGUCUGGAUCUCAAAAUCCGCAGCAAAUAGAAAAGCCUCAACAGGUAAUUUAUACACAUAAAGAAAAUGAAAAAAAGGAGGAGGAAACGCAUGACUGGGAUCCGCAAGACUUUCAAAAAAACAAAGAUACACAGGCCAACAAUAUAGAUCCUGCUUCUUUGAGUCAACAAAACGAAGAAAUUCAGAAUCAUCUAAAUGAAGAAGAUCAAAUAAAACCUCCACUUGCUGAUCUCAAUGCUAACGAGACGAGCAAUGAGACAUCCCGAAUGCCUAAGCAUGAUUCACUUGAAGAGUUAGAUCGUUUGGUCAAUACCAACAAUAGCUUAUCCACUGAUGUCGGAAUCUCCAAAAUGCCCAUCAACGAAGAAGAGGACGAACGCGAAUAUACUUCCGCCGAUAAACGGUUGCUUCCUUCGGGCGACAUGGAUGUUGUGAGGGAUCACUCAGAAACGACAAAGGAGGAAAGACAGCCUAUGGAAAACAGUGAAUAUACUGGUGAAAACAAUGAAGCAUUACAUAAGCAAGAGAAACCUAAUGAAUUUGAGAAUAAUAACGGAAACUUCGUUUAUUUCUUAAGGUUCAACGAUAAAACUUAUAAAGUGACUUCACCUUUAGUAGUUGAUACACAAAAGAAACUAAGAGACCUCUUUCAAUCUAAGUUUGGGAAUGAAUUUCUGGAUCUCUCUUUUGAAUUUUAUGUUGAAGAUCAAGAUACCAAGGUGAAUUAUUUACUAGAAGACUAUUCAGAUGUGAAGCCUAAAUCAUUGGUGAUAGCUCAAAAACAGCAGCAGGAUUCCAAGGAAAAAUUAUCGAUUGAUAACAAAAAAGCGAUGGUCGAAAGGGAUACAUCCCAUGAAGAAACUCCGGUCGAAGAAAUGAAAAGUUCCCCGUUAUUUCAAGAGUUACUUCAACGGUUGAUAAAUAUAGAAACAAAAGUAAGCAACGGACAUACUACUAAUGCUCCAUUUCAGCCUUCCUCUAGUUUUAAAAAUCCUAAACGCGGCAAAAUUGAAACCGAUACUACCACUUAUCAACAAGUUAAGUCGUUGCAACUGGAGCUAGCCUCUUUGAAGCAGGUCUUUGCUACGUCUUUCGCGAAGAUUCCUUUGCAACUUAACAAUUUUAGAAAUCAAAUGAAUAUAAUAAACCAAAAGGCUUCCGGAUUUGGCUUUGAUCGUGGAUACAUUCUGAGAAGCAAAGAUUCAAUAGAAGUUGCCGCCAAGUCUUUAGUCAAAAGGUUUGAUGAUAUUAAUGAUCAAAUUGAACUUUUAAGGUCCGACGUCUUACUUCGAAAAGUGCGCCCUGGCUUGGAUCAAACUUCUUAUUUGAAUAAGGAGAAAGAAUCCAUUGAAAAUGGUAUACGUGAAUUGCAGAAAUCUAUUGAAGAAGUAACUCCAACAUGGAAAAAGCAAUGGGAAAAAGAGUUGAAUGCGAUUGUUCAAGAACAAGAGUUUUUAGAUAAUCAUACCAGUCUUGUGGCGGAUUUAAAUAAAGACUUCGAUUCCGUUACAACUGUUUUAUCAAACGUUUCUGCUAUCGCUGAGCUUCAAGCAAGAUCUGGAAUCAAAAGCAAGCCGUUAUCUGUGAAGCCUACUUCAACGGACAUUAAGGGAAUUCGCGAACAGAUUCACACAGAUGUUUUAAAAUUAAGACCAGACAGCGAUGUCAGACUUCAGGCUAUUGAACGAUUUGAAGCAUUCCAACGAAAGAAGGUUCUCUUACAUGUGGAUGAAUUUGAACAAGAAAUCCAAGAGUUUAUAAAUGAUGAUAAGUUAAGAAAGAUUGGUGGUGUGGAAGAAAUCGAACGUCGUCGAUUGGUACAAGAUGAGCAGACUCGGAAACUCUUAUGGAAAGGUGGAUCAAAUAAUGCUGACCUAAAUAAUACAGACAAGUCUUCUAUUUCUACUGAGAAUGAACAGCGAGAAUCCACCGUUCAACCCUCAUCCACUAAUGCGCAUUCAAUCCCAAAUCUCACCCGAGUAGAUAGGCCACUUGAUGGAAUCUCAAAUGAAUCGCAGGACACAGGGGAAAGUAGCAUUGUUCCUUUACCUAUAGAGCGCGGUGAAAACGGCGAGAAAGAAACGGAUACUUCUUUAAUAAACGCGUCGCAUAGUGUCUCGAGUGAUUCUCUAGACACUAUGAAAAACAAUACUGUUUCACCAGCUAAUACUUAUAACAGAGCCGACCUUGAUGAGGAGAAAGAAGCGGAUUCUUUUAGGAAUAUGACGCGUAACGCAUCAAGCGAUUCACUAGAUGCUAUGGAAAACGAUAUUACUUCAUCGUCAAUAAUUCACGAUACGUCUGAUCAUGAUGAAGAAAAAGAAAAUAGUUCGAUUCUUAGAGAUAUGGUACCUAGCGUCUCAAGCAAGUCGGAAGAGGAUAUGCAUAGCGGUAAGCCUAUGGCGGCGCCACAAAGUACGGAUCUUUCUAAGCUUGAAAAUGCUGAAGAAAAUAUCGGAUUUACUGAAAAGGGACUCGAUUCUUCUCAGUUAUACGAUGCGAAUGAUAAAACCUCAAGUGAAGUUCCAGAUACAUUACUAGACAACGGUGGUGCUAAUUUACCAUCAACUGGUCCUACCGUUACAGAAGAAAGCGAAGCAAAUGAAAAGGGAACUGUUCCAAAUGUUAAACAUCACCGCAGAAAUGACACUAUCUCCACAGAUGAUUAUGAAGCAUAUCAGGAUGCUGAAGACGAUGAUAAUUCGCUAACUUAAAUUGGUGUAUAUAAUAUAUGAGUUGAAAUAAACGAUGAAAUUCAUAUAUUUAAUUAUUCAUAACUAAGUGAUUCGCUGUUUCUAAGUAGAAAGGCGGAAAGCACAGUAAAAGAAUUAGAUUAAACCUCAUUUUGGCGGAUUCCGUAGCCCAACAAGACCAUACUCAUGCCUACACUUUUCACAAACGAAGAAACUGUUUUUACUAAUGUGUAAGAGCAACCUCGCUUCUCUGUGAAUAUGUAGUCGACAACAUCAGGUAAUCCUGAUGCUCCAAACACAUAAAGGCCUACAUAAAAGGCACCCUUCAUACUUAUUGUUCCAGUUAACUGCAAGAGCGCAGCAAUGGAGUAAGUUUGAAUACAGGUGCUUAAGAUAUUACUCGUAUAAGUCGUCACUGCCUUUUUAGCAGGACUAGAGGUAGAAGUUUGCGUAUGCAAUGGGGCAGGAGACAUUCUAAUUAUUCAAUGAUUAGUACUUGCAAGAUUAAUCAUAGCAUGUAUUGACCACAAGGACAGGGUUUUCACUUACGCUUUCUUCCAAAGAUCACCCAUCAAGGGCCCAUAUACCAAGAAAGAGGCAGCAUGGUCAAAGGCAACGCCUAGAACAAUUGCACUAGGACGAACAUAAGGCACAAGGCUAUAAACUAACGACAUAAUGAGUAGACCAAGAAAUUACUUAUUGAAAACGCAGUUGCUAUAGGAAGUUGAAGAUUGUAGUGAAUGUAGAUGCUUCGAGGAGAAUUGAUAUGGAGAAAUUGAAAUGUUCUAGCGUUUUAUGAAUUACUUAUAGAAUGGUACCGAGUCGUCACCUUGACGUAAAGUCCAGCAUAAACACUGUUAAUGGGAACGGCGAUUGAUUUUUGUUGCAUCGUUUCAAAAACUUACAUCAUAAUAAAAUCUAUACGAACAAAAGGCAUUUGCUGUCAAGAGAUCAGAUCAAUCACGUCGGGGCAAAACCAACAGAUUGAAGCUAGUAAAAACGUCUGACUCGUAGAACUGGUCGAAAACACUUCUAAUACAUCAACAAGUGCACACAUAAUACUAUGAAGCUACCAUUUUUGAUUUGUGCAGCAAGAUUUUCAGUUUCCCUUUAUCCGUAUUUAGUUUAAAUAAUUAUUACUAUCGUCUUAUAGUUAUAUGAUACACUCUCUCACAUCGUUCACGUUCUCUAUUUUGCGCUAUGCUCACAUAACGAUUGAUACGUUAAAACCAAUCAAGAUAAUGUGCAUGAAAAGCAGGUAGACUGAGGAGGCCCUACCCUAAACGUGACAAAAACAGUCACACAGGCAUAACACUCAUUUUGAGUCGAAACUUUUAAGUGUCAAGCUCUUAAUCACCGC